CUCGCGGUCGGGCUCUACCACGCCGCCCUGCGCGCGCUCCCCGCGGCCACGCGCACGUGGUUCGGCGACCUUAAGGUGCGUUCUUUCGACGCCGUGCAACGCAUCAGCACCGGCCGUUACGUAUCCGCUGCCGGGAUACUCGACCCGGAUUCGAGCGGCGACGGCGCAGCAGGGGAGCUGUCGAUCAAAGCCAGUCUCGGGACGCGAGAGGUCACCGCGACGUACGAGAUCGACGACGCCAACCUGACGCUCGUCGUGAAGCUCCCCGUGGCGUAUCCGCUCGCGCCCGCGGAGCUCGAGUGCGCGCGGCGUGUCGGCAUCAGCGAGGGCCGCCUACGGAAGUGGAUGCUGACGAUCAGCGCGAUAUUGCGCGACCAGAACGGCGCGGUCGCGGAGGGGUUGCUGCUGUGGCGGCGCAACGUCGACAAAGAGUUCGCCGGCGUGGAGCCGUGUCCCAUCUGUUAUCUCGUGAUUCACGGCGCGUCGCACCAGACCCCGAGGCUGUGCUGCCGGCAGUGCGGGAACAAGUUUCACAGCGCGUGCUUGUACAAGUGGUUCACGUCGAGCAGCAAGUCGACGUGUCCGCUGUGCCAG